ACCAUUUUGCUUCAUUAGUUGUCUCAUAAUGGCACCUAAUUUUCUUUGGUCUCUCUCUCUCCUUUUUGCAAUAUUCCUGCUUCAAAUGGAAUCUCAUGUCAAAGCUUCUGCAUGUAGUGACUGUUUCAUUCAAUCUCGAGCGGCUUACUAUCCGAAUUCUGACGAGCAAGGAACAGAUCACGGUAGAUGCGGGUAUGGCUCGUUUGGAGCAACAAUCAACGGUGGAGACGUCUCGGCUGCAUCUGAUCUCUAUCGCGAUGGCGUCGGCUGCGGCGCUUGCUACCAGGUGAGAUGCACCAACAGUGCCUACUGCUCAGACAAAGGAGCAACAAUCGUUAUAACGGACCACGGCUCGAGUGAUCGGACCGACUUUAUCCUGAGCAGACGAGCCUUCGGUCGAAUGGCUCAAACCUCUGAUGCAGCAGCCUCUUUGUUUUCCCUUGGUGCUGUUGAUAUAGAAUACAGACGUGUUUCAUGUAGCUACCCCAGCAAAAACAUUACCAUCAAAAUAGACGAGAGCAGCAGCUUCCCUAAUUAUUUGGCUUUUGUGAUAUGGUAUCAACAAGGGAAGAGAGAUAACAUUGCUGUACAACUUUGUGAGACUCAGAAUUUUGUGUGCAAGCUGUUGGAUAGGAGCUAUGGAGCAGUAUGGACAACAAGCUCACCCCCAAGUGGACCUUUGCAAAUAAGAAUGCUAUUCAGUGAUGGUGAUGAUGGAGAUGAAUCCUGGGUUGCUCCUGUUAAUUACAUUCCCCAAUACUGGAAAGCUGGAGACACAUAUGACACUGGGCUACAAGUGGACUUUUAA